AUGGCAUCAUUGCUGGAAUUGCUGCGCCUCCUUGACGAUGAAGCUGCUGACGAACGACAACCCCAACCCCGACGACGAAACCGCAGGGCCGCUGCUCGUCGGCAAAACCCGCCUAAGGACACUUUUUCCAACAGUGGGACACAAAACAUGGAGGGUCUUAUUAACAACGCCGGUUAUGUUGAGGGAAAUGGCAACGGAGCUAUCAUCUAUGGUGGCUUUGAUUCCUCUACAAAGACUUACAAUUAA